CAGUUUCUGUCUCUCCAUCACGCCCUCACACACACGCACAAACUCUCUCUCUCUCUCUCUCUCUCUCUCUCUCUCUCUCUCUUUAAAUCAGUGAAUUUCAAGCAAAUCCAAGCCUUCAUAUUUCUCAGUGCCUUGCACCUUUCAGGUCAUCCCAAACUAGUAAGAUGGCUCUUCCCCAGACAUUCAAGUUAGGCCUUGUCAUAGCCCUAGUUUCCCUUUCCGCCCUCGGGUUUACUUUAACUUCCGUCGACGCCCUUAACGUCGGGAUUCAAGCAUCUGGCGUCGCCGUCUCCGUGGGUAAAGGUUGCAGCAAAAAAUGUGAAUCAGACUUCUGCUCAGUGCCACCAUUUCUGAGAUAUGGAAAGUACUGCGGGCUACUAUACAGCGGAUGCCCCGGGGAGAAGCCCUGCGACGGCCUCGAUGCCUGUUGUAUGAAGCACGACGCCUGUGUCCAGGCCAAGAGCAAUGAUUACCUGAGCCAGGAGUGCAGCCAGAGCUUCUUGAAUUGCAUGGCGAGCUUCAGGAUGUCAGGGGGUAAGAUGUUUAAGGGAAGCAAGUGCCAAGUCGACGAAGUCGUGGAUGUUCUGUCUCUUGUCAUGGAAGCUGCUUUGCUUGCUGGAAGAUACCUCCAUAAGCCUUAGCAAUUUCAUUUAUUUGUUUUUCGCUUUGUAAUUUCAUCCCUUUCCCAGCUCGUGAUCUGCACAUUAUCCAUGACCCUGUAAAAGAGCAGGACAUGAAGUGAAUCCCCCUCCAUUCGCUUGAUCA